GUUAAGAUUAUAUCGACUUGUAACCGAGGAGGAAGAAAAGCACAAAGCGAACGAACGAACGAUUAAACGAUUCGCGCCCAAUGCUAUUUCGGUAGCGAAUCGCCUUGAUGACUUAACAAGAGGGGGGGCGAGCAAACGCGCUGGCUUAAUAGUACUUGGACCACCAUUGUCAAAAAUGAACAAUCCGUUCGCACGCGCGCAUGCGUUGACAUCGAUGAUAUUUGGAGAUUAGACGAUUUCUUUUCCGAUCGUACACUUGCUCCCUUUUUCUCUUCUCAUCAAGCGCGCCGAUAACAAUGGAGCGGCGCGAGAGCGAAGAUUUUGGUAAAGUGAGUUUUUAGUGUGUCUUGGUUUUGUCUCUCGCGACGUCAGUACGAACGACAGUGCAGUUAUACUUCACGCGCAAAGUCAACAAUGCGACAUAUUUUUACUCUGGCCAAUUGAGCCUUCAGGUAUUUUCAUUUUUCUCUCUCUCGCUUUCGCGAGACUUCACUUCGCAAAAUUCCCAUCACUACGGGCGAAUCUCUGUGGGUAGAGCUUGCACUUAAAAUCAUUCGAAUGAAAGCGCCCAUUAAAAUCCCGUGUUCGGCAUGAAGCUUUCGCAGAGCAGCAACAGGUCGUCGGGUUCGCAGGAGCGCGAGAUAAUCUCGAGUAGUCUCCGCAAAUCCUCCUCGUCAUCGUCGCGCUCGCGGUCAAGUAGGGUGGCACGCGAAACCGAGGAGGAAACCAUAAUACGGCGCUUUCAUGAUGCUCAACGGAUGGCACGCUUUCGAGCACGCAAGAGGAAAGCUUUGGAGGACAAACGGCAGUCGCAGCAACAAGGCUCGACAAGGGAAUCGGAAGCGGAAAUUUUGUUGCAAGAGUCAGUGCCGGAAACAGAGAGUAAAUACACCCAGUUGCUGGCAAUCAUCGAGAGGAUCGGCCGUGACUUGAGACUGUCCUAUGCCGGCAGUCGGAGUUCAGCGGAGAGAUUGAAGUCUUGCAUUGUUAGAGCAAGAGGUCUUGUCAGGGAUUGUUUGAUGGAGACGAGAAUCAAUUUGAGGCAGUGA